AUGAAAAAAAUGUUCUUCUCUACCUUUUAUCUCUCUAUUUUCUUCUUUAUCAGCGUCCUAUUCUUGUUUAAUCUAACAAGAAAAACCAAAUCCAAAAGCAAUCUGAAUUUGCCUCCAUCACCACCAAAACUACCACUCAUAGGCAAUCUUCAUCAGUUAGGUGCACUGCCACAUCGUUCUCUUCGAGAUCUCUCACUCAAAUAUGGUGACAUCAUGAUGCUGCAGUUGGGGCAGUUGCAGAAUCCAACUGUGGUGGUUUCAUCCGUAGAAGUGGUCAUGGAAAUCAUGAAAACGCAUGACAUGUCCUUUUCCAACCGACCCCAAAACACUGCUGCAAAAAUCUUACUCUACGGAUGCAUUGAUAUUGCAUUUGGACACUACGGGGAAAGCUGGAGUCAGAAAAAGAAAGUAUGCGCCCAUGAACUUCUGAGCCAGAAAAUGGUUGAAUCAUUUCAUGAAAUCAGAGAGGAAGAAGUGGGCAAAUUGGUGAACAAGCUACGUGAAGUGAGUUCCAGUGAAGAUUGCUGCGUGAAUCUAAGAGAGAUGCUUAUGUCAACAUCGAAUAACAUCGUGUGUAAAUGUGCUUUCGGUAGGAAAUACACUGGAGAUGGUUACAGCAGGGUGAAAGAGUUGGCAAGAAAUGUUAUGGUUCAGCUUGCAGAUUUUACCGUGAGGGAUUACUUCCCUCUGUUGGGUUGGAUUGAUGUUCUCACUGGAAAAAUGCAGAAAUACAAGGCCACUUUUGAAUCGUUGGAUGCUUUAUUUGAUGAAGCAAUUGCAGAGCAUUUAACUCUGAAGAUGGAGGAUAACCACUCCAGAAAGAAAGACUUUGUGGAUAUCCUACUUCAACUUCAAGAGAACAACAUGCUUAAUUUUGAGCUCACCAAAAAUGACCUCAAAGCACUUCUAAUGGAUAUGUUCGUGGGAGGAACUGACCCAGCUGCAGUAACAUUAGAAUGGGUUAUUUCAGAGCUUGUGAGAAACCCAAGCAUAAUGAAGAAAGUACAAGAAGAAGUGAGAAAAGUUGUGGGGCAUAAAUCAAAUGUAGAAGAAGAGGAUAUCAAUGAAAUGCAUUAUCUGAAGUGCAUAGUGAACGAAACUCUAAGGUUGCACCCACCUGCUACUCUUUUGGCUCCACGUCAAACAAUAUCCGGAGUUAAAUUGCAAGAAUAUGAUAUUCCUGCAGAAUCGAUGGUAUAUAUUAAUGCAUGGGCAAUUCAAAGGGAUCCUUCAUUUUGGGAAAGUCCUGAAGAGUUCCUGCCAGAGAGAUUUGAAAACAGUGAGGUUGAUUUUAAAGGUCAUCACUUUCAGUUUAUUCCAUUUGGGUUUGGGAGAAGAAGAUGCCCUGGAAUGCAUUUUGGAGUUGCUUCUGUUGAGUAUGUUCUUGCCAGCCUUCUUUAUUGGUUCGACUGGAAGUUGUCUGAAUCUGAUGCACUGAAGCAAGACAUAGAUAUGAGCGAGACGUUUGGACUGGUUGUCUCAAAGAAAACACUACUUUAUCUCAAACCAAUAGCUUAUUCAUUUUCAUCCAAGUCUUCAAAAACUCUCUGA